CUUCCUCCAUUCCUUCCUUUCCCCAAUCCCCCACCCGACCCCAACUCCUCCCUCCGUUCCUUCCGCCUCCCCCGUAGAUCCGCCACCACCGCCCCCUUCCCCCAUGGGCCAGUGCCCCUCCGCCCCCCGCUACCACCACCACCGCAAGCCUCCUCCUCCUCCGCCGUCCCCCACCGCGCAGGCAGCGUCGCCUCGUUUCUGCAGCGCCGCGGCUGCCGAGGACGCGGCGGAGGCGGCGGAGGCUGACUACACUUCCGACCUCCCCGAGGAGCUCCUCGCCGUCGUUUUCGGGCUCCUCGGCUCGGGCGACCGCAAGCGCUGCUCCCUGGUUUGCCGACGCUGGCUCGCCACCGAGGCCUCCUCGCGCCUGCGCCUCGCCCUUGACGCGCGGGCGCCGCUCCUCGCCGCUGCCCCGGCCAUCCUCGCGCGCUUCUCCGCUGUAUCCAAGCUCGCGCUCAAGUGCGACCGCCGCGCGGAGAGCGUCGGCGAUCCCACGCUCGCGCUCGUCGCGCAUCGUCUCGGCCCGGGUCUUCGCCGCCUCAAGCUCCGCUCGGUCCGUGCUGUCACCGACCACGGCGUCGCCGCCCUCGCCGCCGCGGCUGUAAACCUCCGCAAGCUCUCAGUUGGGUCAUGCACCUUCGGCGCCAAGGGGAUCGAGGCAGUUCUCCGGUCCUGCCCCCAACUCGAGGAGCUCUCUGUCAAGCGUCUGCGAGGCCUAGCUGACUCAGAGCCCAUCACCGUUUCCAGCCCUCGUCUCCAGUCUCUGGCCCUCAAAGAGCUUUACAACGGGCAGUGCUUCUCCUGUUUAAUCACGCACUCCCCCAACCUCAAAACCCUCAAGAUCAUCCGCUGCUCCGGUGAUUGGGACCCUGUUCUCCAGGCGAUCCCACAGGGUGCCUUGCUAGCCGAGCUUCAUCUUGAGAAGCUGCAGGUCAGCGACCUUGGUGUGGCGGCGCUAUGUGGGCUAGAGGUCCUGUACCUUGCCAAAGCGCCGGAGGUCACAGAUAUUGGGUUGGCAGCACUUGCCACCAAGUCACCACGUCUACGCAAGCUGCAUGUUGAUGGAUGGAAGGCGAAUAGGAUUGGCGACCGUGGGCUUGCAACUGUGGCCCAGAAAUGUGCUGCUUUGCAGGAAUUGGUUCUCAUUGGUGUGAAUUUGACAUCGGCCAGUCUUGAGUUGAUUGCUGCCAACUGCCCCACUCUUGAGCGGCUUGCGCUUUGUGGGUCUGACACAUUUGGGGAUGCAGAGAUCUCCUGCGUGGCGACUAAGUGUGCUUCUCUGCGGAAGCUGUGCAUCAAGGCAUGCCCUGUGUCUGAUGCUGGAAUGGACAAGCUUGCAGCAGGCUGCCCACGCCUUGUCAAGGUGAAGGUGAAGAAGUGCCGCAGGGUGACGUUUGAGUGUGCUGAGCGCCUUCGUGCUAGUCGGCACGGCGCCCUUGCUGUGAAUUUUGACACGCCAGGUGGUGCGGGCGAAUUGCAAGAUGCUAGUGUGGACGAGAGUGGUGUACUGGAGAAUGCAGGAAGUGAUGUGGUACAAGAUGAUUUUGAUGAUCAGAUAGGGGUUCCUGAUCUUCUGUGUGGCACCAGUGGCAGACCAUCAGGGUGGAAAGCACGGAUGGGUGCUUUGAUGACAAGGAGCUUGUCGGUUUCCAUGUUUCGGAGACGUCCGCGCAGGAGCCCCCAUAGCUCAUGAGUCGCAAGAAUUAUGUGCCAUGGUUACUCCUUCUGCCCUUUGAUUCUUUUAUGUUUGUUACAUUGAUUGAUGCUGUUGUUGUUCUUUGUGAUUGAUGUUCUUGUCUUCCUUAAUUGUACCAUGAAGUUUCCCCUGGACCAGCUAGUCUAUUUAGAGGGUACUUAUUAUUUGAUCUUGCUCUUUGUAGUAGCAGAGAUCUGAUCGCACAAUGUAAUCUUGUAUGAGGUAUUUUUUGGAUUGAAAAAUAUGAUAUGCCAAGCCA